UGAGAUGUUUGACGAGCAGGUAUCCACAUACUUUUGGUCAUGUAGUGUAGUUUUAUUUACAAGUUGAACUAGCUAGCUACACUACAAGUAAAUCCGCUCUCUUGACCAUAGUUUCUUGUCUGGAUACGGGUGGAACUAAAAAUAGGGACUUGAAGUACAUCGGACAUAAACAACAAGCACACAUUUAACGCGUACAUUUUUUUACAAAAUGAGUGAAAGAAGCACCGAUUUCUUUUGAGAUAUUUUGAAUGACAGUUAUUUGAAAUGUCUGAGCUGGCAUUGGAUGAAAUGUCCGUUUUAUCAGCAAUAUACUGUGAAAAGGACGAAUUUGAGCUACUUGAGAAAUCAGCAGAAAAGGGACUUGUAUUCCGCAUCCAGAUGGAGGUGGAAGCAGCCCCCAGUGAGAGAACUCUUUUGAGUCUCCUCUUCCAGCUGCCAACAGAGUACCCCCACUGUGUCCCAAAAAUAAGUGUCAGCUCUAAACAGCUCUCCAGGAAACAAUGCCAACACAUCAAGCGGAGUCUGCUGGAAAAGGCCUCCGCACUGGAGCCAGACCCCAUGGUUCAUGAACUACUGCUGUGGCUCCAACAGAACUUCACUGAACUUACUUUAAAUGACCAGUCCCUGGUGGAGGUGCAAGAGGAGGGUGGUGAGGAGGAGACGUGGAUAGCUCUUUUUCUAAUAGACCAUAUGAGGUCCAAAACAAAAUAUAUAAAGGCAAUUGAAAAGUGGAGCACGGAUUUGGGGCUCACCGGAAGGCUGUUCUUGGGGAAGUUGAUAUUGGUCCUUCUGCAAGGCGCAAGGAGGAGUAUCAAGGAAUACAUCCAUCUCCAGAGAACUGUGAAAGUAGAUGUGGAUUCAUCAGGAAAGAGAUGCAAAGAGAAGAUGAUGAGAGUUCUUUGCGAAACCCAAGUCUCAGACCUCAAACGGAUCUCAUCUUUUGAAAUCAAAGAGUUUUUGUCCCUCGAGGAGCUACAAAGGGAGUUUGAGCAAGUUGGACUAUUGAAACUGUACCAAGAGUUUGUGUCCACAUUGCCGUAGCCAUCAUGGCUUUUGUCAAGUCAUGCUUUUCCAGACUGGUGCAGAUUAUGUGAACUUUAUACUUUCCAUAUGACAGUCAACGGAAGGACUAAUCUAAACAUCUGAUUAACAUUCAGUUAUGGGUUACAUUUGUGCAUUGAACAUGUAAAAGGUAUUCAAAAGGUUUUUCUACCAUCCACAUGAUGGCAGCAAAGUCUACCAUUUGAAUCAAAGAUUUGUAUACAGACGCGUAUCGUUCUGAUGCCUAGCGUCUGAAAUUAAUAACAGCCAUACAGUUUUAGCCUCGCGAGCCACCCUGAUUUCGCAAGCUUACAUACAGUGCAUUCGGAAAGUAUUCAGAUCCCUUGACUUUUUCCACAAUUUUGUUACGUUACAGACUUAUUCUAAAAUGUAUUAAAAAUAAAAAUGUCUACAUAGA